AUGGCCGGUCGGUAUCCUGGGCCGAUCCUGACGUCGCUGGAUGGCGUCGCCGCAUGGAGGACGAGCUUCCUCACAUGCACCGAGACCGACGCUCACAUCAAGUACUACCUGACCAAGGACUACCUCGACCCGAGCUUGGCCGAUGCGAUCACGGCCGACGACAUGGCCCAGAUGCUCCGCGAUGCCAAGGCGCUCAUGCCCACGUCGCGACUCGACGACUUGCCGCCGGACGAGCGCGCGGCCGCGCUCGCGCAGCGCCGCAGUCAGUACAACGCGCACAUCAACGUCUUUAAGGAGUCGCUUCUGGGGUCGCUCCAAGCGGCCCGCGCCAAGGCCGCCGCUGCCUACUUGUCGUCGGCGAUCGCGCCAGCGCUGGCGGUCGGGAACCGGUCGGAUCCGUACAAGCUUUGGCAGCGCUUACAGCGUCCUGCGUCCAGCGGCGACGUGAUGGCCUUGUUGCAGGGCGUGCUCGACCUCUCAUGCGAGCCGGCCUCGGGUGCGGCCUUCUUCACCUCGUUCGAAGCCGCCAUGGCACCGCUCACGGCCGCGCUCUUGGACCACGAGCCAACGAUCCAAGCGAUCGACGGGAUCGAGUUCGACCCGGUCGCGGAGCCGUGGUUCGAGGCCUACCGGGCACACGUCGCCGACAAGGUCCAGGCGACGCUGCUCGCGACGCUCUUUGCGCCCGAGCUCAACCUGCAGUUUCGUGCGUGGAGCAAGAUGAAGCUCGAGUAUCGCUUCCUCCGCCAGCGCGUCGAGAACUACCUCCGCGAUCUGCCACCCGGCGCGACGCUCAAGCGCAAGCAGCCAACCGCGGUCACCCCAUCGCAGGCCAAGAAGCCCAAACCCGCCAACUCGAACGAUGACGACGCUGUCGACGUCAAGAUGGAACCAAGCACCGAAGCACCGGUGGCGCCAACACCCACCAACAUGAUGUCGUUCGCAGAGUACCACAAGCGCCGGACGACAGCUUCCAGUCCGCCCCGUCCUUCGCCAUUAGUGCACGCUGCUCAACCUCCCGCAAGUAGCAACCACGGCCGGUCCGAACCGCCUGCGCAUGAAGCCGCGCCGAGCGCCGCCAGCUUCCUGAGUAGUCUCGACCACCUCCUCGACGAGUCGCGACCGGUCCGGGCUUCGCGCUGGGACACGCAAAGCGACGAGCAAUCGAGCUACUACCACGAAGAAGCCAGCUACAUGAACCAGCCGCUGUCAUCGCCUCGGCCCGGCGCGCGGCGUGUGGUCGCGUACACCGAGACGCCGGUCGAGCGCAAGUGUCUGCCGCACGAAGACAAGUACGCUCUGCAAGAGAUCCCCGUGGGGUCGACGUGCGACUAUUGCUACUCGUCCAAGCACGCGCUCGCGCAGUGCCCGGCGCUCAUCGGCGACUUGCGCCGCCACCGCGUCCGCGCCAACUUUGUCGUGCCACCGGGCCUCGUGUGCCCGUACUGCGCGCUCUUCGACGACGUCUAUGCCCACGCGACCGCCGACUGCACGCGCCUCGGGGCCGACACGGCCCGCGGCAAAGUCCAUCCGAGCUAUCGCGCCGUGGCGAUUCGCCCGUCGCAGGUCCGCGGCUGCCUCUACUGCGGCGCCGACAACCACAUGCUCACCCGAUGCUUCAAGCUGCUCCAAGACAUGCGAUUCAAGCGCGUGCGCUCCGACUUUGUGGUGCCCGUCGGGUUUCUCUGCAGCUACUGCCUCCUCUUUGAGCACUACUACACGCACGACGAGUCGGUGUGCAAGAAGCUCAAGGACGCGCUCGUCGCCGGCAAGGUACACAAGGACUUUGUGCUGCCACCCGGCAAGUCGAUGCCGAAAGUCCCAGGGCGUGUUGUGAGCAGCGCGCCGUCGCUGGGGCCGCCGCUACCGAGGGACCCGCUCGGCCGCCCGGACGCCAUGUGCGCCUACUGCGGCGCGACCUCGCAUACCGCCAACAAGUGCCCGAUCCUGUUGGGCGACGUCCGCAACCACCGCGUCCGGAACGGCUUUGUCGUGCCACCCGAGUACGUCUGCGCCUACUGCCACUUGGUGCAGGCCAAAGUCUCCUUUCACAGUGUGAGCGACUGCCCGGGCCUGCGCAACGACAUGCUGCACCGGUGCGUCGACGCGCGGUACGUGCAUCCCGACAACACGCCGUGGCCGACAGUGCAGUCGCAUCGAUCGUGGUAG